CUCAUUCUUUAUCUCUCUCUCUCUCUCUCUCUCUCUCUCUCUCUCUCUCUCUCUCUCUCUCUCUCUUCCUUUAAAAAAUCUUCUACUGAAGAUGGAAUAUGGUUCGGGAUCGUCCAGGAGAAGGCCAAAAUCUGGUCGGAAAUUGUGCUCAUGUGCCUUAGAGGCGACCAUAUAUCAAGCUUGGACAGAGAAGAACCCAGGGCGACGAUUUUAUGGAUGUCCGCGGUACAAGGAGCCAAAUGGAUGCAACUUCUUCUCCUGGUUUGAUAAAGAGGAUGGUACAUUAUGGCAAAAAAGAGCUUUGCUUGAAGCCCGGGAUGAGAUCCGAGAGCAGAGUCUGGUGAUUGAGCAGUUGAAGGAAACAAUUGCGGAACUGAGAAGCAAUUUGGAGAAGAAAGAAAAUGAAGAUGAGAUUGUUAGGAAGUUUGAAGACUUCUUUGUUUAAGCCAAUGAAUCCAUUUGUAUGUUUAAGAAGACCUCUAUGUUUAAUAAGACCUCUAUGUUUACUACGGAAAA